AUGGCUAGUGCCCGUAAACGCAGUAAUAAUAUUCAAUCUCUUCAAGAUGCUUCGGGUGUUUGGCAAUCAUGGAGCGGUGGCCUUGAGGAGGUAAUUGUUGAUUACUACAAACAUAUUUACUUAGCUGGUGAUGCUGAUUGGAAUCAGGUUGUAAGCGGUAUUUCAUGCUCUAUUACUGAUGCUCACAAUGCUGAUCUGUUGAAGCCGAUUUCAAGUGAUGAGGUUCGGACAGCCCUUUUUCAGAUGCACCCCGACAAAGCUCCGGGGCCUGACGGUAUGGGACCUGGAUUUUUUCAAAAACAUUGGGAUAUAGUAGGCCCUGACCUUGUUGCUGCUGCUUGUAAUUUCUUUGAGUCAGGUACUUUUCCUUGUAAUUUGAAUGACACAAAUCUGGUAUUGAUCCCUAAAAAGAAGUCUCCUACUACCAUGAAUGACCUUCGUCCCAUUGCUUUGUGUAAUGUUUCCUAUAAGGUGAUUGCGAAAGUUCUUGCUAAUCGAAUGAAGCUUAUCAUUGAUCAGAUUAUUUCACCCACUCAAAGUGCUUUCAUACCUGGGCGUCUUAUUUCAGACAAUAUUAUGAUUGCCUUUGAAGUGAUGCAUUAUCUCAAAAGAAAAGUCCAUGGAAAGAAGGGCUAUAUGGCGCUAAAACUUGAUAUGAGCAAAGCAUACGACCGGGUUGAAUGGGGAUAUUUACGUGCUGUUAUGGUUCAAAUGGGCUUCGAUCAACGAUGGGUCAACUUGAUUAUGGCUUGUGUCUCUACUGUGCAAUACUCUAUCUUCCAUAGUGGCCAUGUCAUGGGGCCAAUCUCUCCAACAAGGGGUAUUCGACAAGGUGACCCGCUCUCCACCUAUUUAUUUAUCAUUUGUGCCGAAGGAUUUUCUGCUCUAAUAUCUCGGUUUGAACGAGACCGAUUACUCCAAGGCUGCCGUGUCUGUCAAGGUGCUCCUGUGAUAUCUCAUAUGCUAUUUGCUGAUGAUAGCUAUGUUUUUUGUCAAGCUAACAAUGGCUCUGCUGGUAGUAUUAUGUCUCUUCUCCGACGAUUCGAAUGUGCAUCUGGACAACAAAUCAAUUUUGCGAAAUCAUCAGUCUUCUUUAGUCCAAAUGUCAACCAUCAGCUCCGCCAAGAUAUCUGCUCUAUCCUACAUAUGCCUGAAGCUUCUGAAAAUAGUCUUUAUUUGGGUCUUCCCAACAUUAUCGGACGGAAUAAAAAUGCUAUUCUUGGCUUUCUAAAAAAUAAAGUCUUGAAUAGAAUUAAUAGUUGGUCUGGUAAACUGCUCUCUGGGGCAGGAAAGGAAAUUCUCUUGAAGACUGUGGUUCAAUCGCUUCCUACUUAUGCGAUGAGUGUUUUCCUCAUUCCUCUUGGCACUUGUGAUGAGAUUGAAAAAUUGAUGGCUCAGUUUUGGUGGAAAACUUCAAGCAGCAAGGGUAAUGGUAUCAUUUGGAUGAACUGGGAUCGCCUUUCGCUUCCUAAGGAUGAGGGUGGGUUAGGCUUCCGUCUUCUCCAUGAUUUUAAUCUAGCUAUGCUUGCCAAGCAAGGGUGGAGAUUUCUUUGCCAUCCGGACUCUCUUGUUUCUAAAGUCUAUAAAGCGCGGUAUUUUCCUUAUGAUGACUUUCUCUCAGCUGAUUUGGGGCGUAAUCCCAGCUAUGUGUGGCGUAGCAUAUGGAGUGCUAAGGAUCUAGUUCGCCGUGGUGCUAGACGAACCAUUGGUACUGGGUUAUCUACUCCUAUUCUGCAUCAACCUUGGCUUCCUGACCCUGAUAACCCGUACAUCACUUCAUCCCAUGUGGGUCUCCUUGGCCACAAUGUUAGCUCUCUUUUCAUGCUUGAGGAGCGUAAUUGGGAUAUUGAGCUAGUUCGGGACAUGUUCAACAACCGGGAUGCUAAUCUUAUUCUAAGUAUUCCCCUCAGUUUUUCUGCUUCUUCUGAUUUCUGGUCUUGGUCCAAAGAAAGCUCUGGCCAUUUUUCGAUCCCACCAAAGGUUCGCAAUUUUCUUUGGCGUGCUGCUGCUGGAACACUUCCGACUUGCGUCAACCUCAGAACGAAGCAUGUAGACAUUCCCUCACUGUGCCCGGUCUGUCAUGCUUCUCCUGAAACUGUUUCUCAUAUUCUUCUGUCGUGUAGCUUUGCUACUUCUUGUUGGAAUCACAUUGGUUUGCCAGCCGGAGUCUACUUAGAUCAUUCCUUUGCCAGUUGGUUGGAUAGUCUUUUUACUAUUCUUGAUGAAGACCGUGUGUGUUCUCUCUCUAUGGUCUGUUGGUCCUUAUGGAAAGCAAGGAAUUCCAUUGUUUGGAAGGACAAGGUCCUCACUAUUGCAAAUGUGGUAACAUCAGCUCGUAUUGCUCUUGAUCACUGGCGAAAAGCUCAAGAUAACAACUCUCUGUCUCAUAUUUACUCUGGUAAUUGUGAUGACGGAACUGAGCUUUGGACUAAACCUGAUAUAAAUACAAUCAAGAUCAACGUUGAUGCUGCACUUUUCACUAGCGAUAACCAGUAUGGCUAUGGUAUGGUUGCAAGGAAUGACACUGGUUCUCUUAUUGUUGCUCAAGCUCAUUGUUUUAAUGGAGCUUUCGCCCCUGAGGUUGUGGAAGUCAUGGGAAUCAAGGAGGCUCUAAGCUGGAUCAAACGACAAGGAUGGCAACAUGUUGAGUUGGAGUCAGACAGCUUAGUUUCCAUCCAAGCUAUCCGGUGCCGCUCACCUCUCUCUUCUGUGUUUGGGAAUUUAGUUCAAGAUUGCAUUUCACUUUUGCUUUCUUUGCCUUUUGUUAAAAUACGUUUUGUUAAACGAUCAGCAAACCGUCUAGCACAUGCUGUUGCUAGAAUGUCACGGUCUCUCUCUGGUCGUCUUAUUUCUGAGUCUAAUGCUCCAGUUUCUAUUCUAGACAUUUUUGGUGGUUCUUCGAGCAUUGGUAAACCAUCUACUUAUUUGGAGCCGAUAGCUACUUCUGUCACCAUUGGAGAGUUGGCAUUGGGUGAUGUUAAUCUUUUUGUUGAUGCUGGAUUUUGUGUUGAGGAUUUGAAAAUGGGAACGGGAAUGGUUGCUUUGGACUCUAACGAGGUAAUGUUGUUUUCUGGUGUGUUUUCUUUGUCUGGCCCUUUCGAGCCCCAUGUUGUCGAGGCGAUGUUGUUGUUUCAUGGUCUUUUCUUUUACCUUCGGUUGGGCUUCAAAAAUAUUACUGCUUUUUUUGAUUGCCUUCGUUUGGUCUUAACGGUCAAUGGUCAUGAUAUUCGUUAUAAUGAGUUUGGUACUGUGCUUAAUGAAAUAUCUUAUGUUCCUAAUGAAAUCUCUCCUUAG